AUGGGAUUCAAUCGAUCUGCGCAAAAGCGAGGUGGAGAGGAGCGCAUGGGAAUGUCGCAGUAUCCCGUUCGCUCUCCGACCCGGGACUACGAGCUAAGUACUCCGUUUCGAUCUUCGGUACACCUUAAUGCACUCUCAGUUGAGAAGACCGGCAAGACGGUGGAAGAUGAAUCCGGUAGAAAGCCUUUUGAUAAUUUUGGCGAUCUGCUCGGUGAGGAUCUGGCUUGGCUUCUUUGGCAAGGAGAAUAUACGUUUUCCUAUUCCUUUGCGAGCCAUCAAGCAUGCUUUGAAUAUUACGAUCGCGAAAUAGAAGCAGGUGGCUUCACCAAAACACCUCUCCGCCUCCCUCGGUAUGCUUCUAAUGUUUCCAAAGAAGUAGAGGGAGAAAGGGGACGACCGAACAUCCCUGUGAUGGUUUGCUAUAUAUUUUUAUUCGUGAUGAACGUGAUCACCAUGGCUCGUGGAUACGAGCAGAGACCAGGAAUCCACGAUCACAUUUCAGAAGAGGCAUUUACGAAUCUUCUCAUCUGCAGCAUGGUCUUCUACCUCAUGUUCAUCAUAUUUGAUUCCCUUCUCAUCCAUGGAGUUCGGAAGAUGAAGAGGAAACGGAUGAUACCAUGGAUGUGUAUGGAUUUCCUGGCGCUGAUCGCAGGUGCAAUACUUUUCGUUGUCAUCUUCAUUUCGCUCAUCGUGAUACUUGUCGCGACAAAUAAUGUUCUCAUCUUCACCUUAUUCAUGAUUGUGGUCGUCGUUUUCUUCAUUGCAUAUUCCAUUGGAAUCCACUUCUUCCUCGUCGUCUAUUCUCACUUUAAGGAACUCGGGAAUCCGGAGCGAUUUGGAGCGAUUUGGGGCGAUGGAGGAGAUCAAGGCGUCGAAAUCAACCAGGAAAUUUGGAAUGUUAGUAGAGUAAAAUGGGGAAGAUUGACCGGUGGAGGAGGUAUCUCACUAUCUCUUUCUAUGUAACCCUAAUUUCAUAUGAAUAAACCUCAGGUUAUCAUCGAU